AUGUUUUUAACAACUCAAACCCUCACUGAGACAUUGGCAACGCUGGAAGUCCAGCUGAACGGAGACAGUGGACCCUCAUCAGCAACCGGAGGAUCAGGAUCUUCUCCAGGACAGGUCACUGUUAAGGUACCCAGAGAACGUAAACUUCGGAAGUUUACAGGAGUCAGAGACGAUCAUCUGAUUGAGGAUUGGAUACUGGACGCUAAGCGAGCCAUCAGUUCCCAGUCCGAGGCAGAUGCUGUGGACUUCCUCCUAUACCACUUGGAGGGAGCUUCCAAGGAGGAAUUGCGACUCCGGCCAGAUGAGGAGAAAAACACCCCAGAAGCCGUAUUCCAGGUACUACGWAGCUSAUUUGGUGAGGGGCUUACCUCCACACAGGCCAUGAGGAAGUUCUUUGAGUGGUGGCAGAAGGAAACGAAGUCCAUACAGGACUACUCCCAUUCGCUGAUAGUGCUCCUGUCACAGGUGGAACGCCUCAACCCUGGCGCAGUAACUGAAAAAACCUUGGCAUGACUAAAAACAGGUCGGCUAUACGUACAUGUGUUCCUUCAUCCGUAUUUGGUUUGGUUGUAAUUAUUGUCGGUGCUCAAUUUGGUCAUUGUUGUUUUCAAUUGCUUUUUAAUCUGCGAAUUUAAAUGCUCUGUUUUAGAUCGUAACCAUAUAUAAGCAGUUUUAACGCGCUCUUACCAAUGUUUACCGGCCUGAAACAAACUUCCAAGCUUCGCCUAGUUUUUACAUUUAAGAAACGGAAACAGUUUUCAUCGUUGACAAAGAAAUUUCAGGAUCGUAGUGUUAUCAUAGAAACACAAAUAGGCGCUAUCCUAUUGAGAGUAUUUUCUCCGUUUGCGCUCAUUAUUUCUCCCGCAUCCUUAUUUCCCAGCCACAUGUUGUAGAGAAGAGACUGUCAGACAACAAGAACAUGAUAAGCCAGUUGAAACCAUGUUGGCGUUUAAGGUUGGUCGUAUUGGUUGAACAGAAAGUUUACAUUGCCAGAAUGAUUUUUUUGCCCUUUUUCAUUCGACGUAAGCGGUUGGAUUCUACAGUAUAAAUAAACUCAAAAAAAAUGUUCACAAAGGCUAGGUCUGAUCAAUUUAUUUGAGUGUGCAAAAAGAAAAAAAUAUCUUCUAUUCGCCAGACCCGGGACUCGAACUUACGUCUCCGUUAUUUCCUCACUUGUCGUAGUGAGUAGCGCGCACCAAACCACUGCGCCACCCGGCUUCGACACUAAUGUUGGUGGAAAAUUAAUUAUCAAUGCAUACCAGGUUUAACGGCGCGCACUGUGGUCAGCUGCAGCCACGCAAGCAACUAACACAUUUAUGUUACUUUUGUAGUCAUUAAUUUUUUGGGCGAAAGUUUAUCUCGCGAUCGUUCGUCGAAAGAUCUUGCUUAUCUGGACACGUUAAAUUUUGACCUCAGCUUUGGAGUUUGUUAAACUCGGGACGUGUAAGGAGUUAUAACUUUGUCAUUAUUUUCAAUGGAAAAUUAAACGAAUUUUAUCCUGAAAAAAGAAAGUAGCAGAGGGUGGAAUUGGUUAUUUGCGUAUUGGAAAUGUUUAUUUUAAUGUUAUUUUGCUGCACGCAGUCAGUUUGAUUGCUGUUGUGCAAAAAAAAAAAAAAAAAA